AUGGAUUACGACCUCUUGGAAGAGGGAAUUGAGGCCUUCCGCUCGAUACAUGAACGAUUGUCAUCAUACAUGGUGGAAAAAGAGGCUUAUGAUCGCAUCGCGACCUUAGAGGUUGUGAAUGAAGAACUUUCUGACCCGGAGGAUGAAGAUGAAGUUAAUGUUCAACUCGCCCCGGCGGCGUUGGACGACACACCUCCCAAAGUUAAAGACCCCAUCGAGAAGGUUAACCUGGGCACAGUGGACGAGCCUAUGGAGGUAUCUAUCAGCGCUUACCUAGAGCCUAGCGAGAAGCAGAGGCUCAUAGACUUACUGCAAGAAUUCAAGGAUUGCUUCGUGGAGAAGUAUGAGGACAUGCCCGGCUUGUCGCCAGAUUUGGUUUGUCAUCAACUACCAACUCUUUCUGACAAGAGGCCCGUUAAGCAGGAACCUCGACGAAUGAAUUCGGAGACCCAGAUUCUUGUAAAGGAAGAGGUAGAGAAAAUGCACAAAUCAGGUAUUAUCAGGGUUGCCAAGUAUAAUCAGUGGCUAUCUAAUAUAGUGCCUGUCCGGAAAAAGAAUGGAUAUCAUCAGAUUCCGGUCGCUGAAGAGGACAGACACAAGACUGCUUUCCGCUGCCCUGGCUUCACAGGAGUCUUCGAGUAUGUGGUCAUGCCGUUUGGCCUGAAGAAUGCCGGCGCAACAUAUCAGAGAGCCAUGAAUUUGAUCUUCCACGACAUACUGGGAAAGGUUUUAGAGGUAUACAUUGAUGACGUAGUCGUCAAGUCCCAGAAGAGAGGGGAUCACAUCGUGGAUCUCAGGAAAGUAUUUGAGCGCAUGCGCAGACAUAGACUCAAGAUGAACCCGGCCAAGUAUGUGUUUGGGGUUCAGGCAGGAGACUUUCUGGGGUUUAUAGUCCAUCAACGAGGAAUUGAAGUCCCUGAGGACAAGGCAAGCGCAGUCAUUAAUGCAUCUCCCCCGCGGACGAAGAAGGAAUUACAACGUCUGUUGGGUAAGAUUAAUUUUCUAAGGCGUUUCAUCUCUAACUCUGCAGGAAAAAUCCAACCGUUCUCACCUUUGCUGAGAUUACAAGGGCAGAACGAGUUUGUGUGGGAACCCAAACACCAAGAGGCUUUCGACAGUAUCAAGGCCUAUUUGGCAAACCCACCAGUCUUGGUUCCACCUAGAACCGGGAUCCCAUUAAAACUGUACAUUUCAGCAGCCGAGGCUUCCAUUGGCAGCCUGCUCGCUCAGGACGAUGAAGGAGGUGUCGAGCAUGCUAUAUUUUAUCUCAGUCGCACACUGACAGACUGCGAGACGAGGUACACCCCUAUGGAGAAGCUGUGCCUAACCCUGUACUUUUCAGCGUGCAAGUUGCGACACUACAUGCUAUCCUUUACCACGUGCAUCAUCGCUCAGACCGAUUUGGCUGAGUAUGAAGCUCUUAUCAUUGGACUCGAAGUCUUACUGGAAAUGGGCAUAAGAGACGUUCAAAUCCGCGGCAAUUCUCAGCUCGUUAUUAACCAGAUCCAGGAAAAAUAUCGAUGUGCGAGUUGGUUGCUCAUACCUUAUCUGAACCGCGCCAUCGAGCUUCUGGAUCAAUUUACCGAUGUUGAUAUGGAAUAUAUACCACGCGAGCGCAACUUCGCAGCUAAUGAACUCGCUCAGUUGGCUACUGGCAUCACAUUGAAGUAUGGAGUGCGUGAGCGCAUUUUGAAAGUUGAACGUCGCACACUGCCUUCGUGGUUUGCUCGCCCUGAUCCACCAGACGAUCCCGUCAUCGCGGUACUAGAACCUAUUGAUGUUGAUUGGCGGAUUCCUUUGGUUGAGUACCUCAAACACCCAGGUCCCAGCGCUGACAGGAGGAUGCGUUUCCUCGCAUUGAAUUACUUCCUUCGAGGCGAUGAGUUGCGCCGACGGGGGGAGGAUGGAGUCGAUUUCCGGUGUGUCUAUGGUCGCGAGGCUAAGAGAUUAAUGCGCAAGGUGUACACGGGGAUAUGUGGAUCCCAUCAAGCUGGACCUAAGAUGCGCUGGCUCCUGCGACGUCAUGGCUAUUAUUGGCCCAGCAUUUUGAAGGAUUGUAUCGCAUUUGCCAAAGGAUGCGAGGACUGUCAGCACAAGUUUAUCAUCGUCGCCACUGACUACUUCACUAAAUGGGUUGAAGCAGAGCCUUUGAAUGGGGCCUCAGGCGCUACCAUUCGCCAGUUUAUUUUCCGUAACAUUCUUUGCAGGUUUGGUAUCCCUGAGGUGCUGGUUUCGGACAGGGGGGCAGCGUUCAUGGGAGGCCCCGUUGAGGAGUUGGUCAAUGAUUUUGGCAUUCAAUUCAUACAUAGUACUCCGUAUUAUGCUCAAUCUAAUGGUCAGGCGGAGGCUAGCAACAAAACAAUCAUCACCUUACUAAAGAAGAUGUUGGUGGAGAACCCUCGACAAUGGCAUGACACUUUGUAUGAAACACUUUGGGCCUAUCGCACUUCUAAACGCAACCCUACCGCCACGACGCCGUAUGCACUUAUGUUCGGCCACGACGCUGUCUUACCAUUAGAAAUUAAUGUUCAUUCUCUACGGGUGCAAGAACAGCAUCAUUUGAUUGGCGAGGAUUAUGUUCAAAGCAUUCUUCCUCUCUACACUCAGAUCCUCCUCCUCAGUCGCCGCCGCUGUCAUCAGUACCGGAGGAAGAGGGAAAGAAGAGAUCCUUCAUACCCUUUCCUUGAGCCGUUCCUCCGGGCAGGAGUUAGGGUCCGGAGCAGGCGUGACUCACAACCACAUCUACCUCCUGGGGUAAAUCAGAAAGUGCGUACCCAGGCCCCAGAGGUAGACCGCGGAGGCAGGACGGUAAACCUCGAGGAGGCCUUCCUCCCUUCCUCCACUCGCUCCUCGCGGGCAGUCUGA